CUCUCAGGUAAUUUUCUUUCUGAACACAAACCAAACCAAGCUGAAACGACUGGAGAAACCUCGAAAAGCACAAAGCACCCACCAAAUCCACCCUCGACCAAGAAACUGAGGCAAGAAGAAGAAGAAGAAGAAGCCGCCGCGGCGAGAUGCAGCAGCAGAUGGCCAUGCCGGCGGGGGCCGCCGCCGCCGCGGUGCCGCCGGCGGCCGGCAUCACCACCGAGCAGAUCCAAAAGUAUUUGGAUGAAAAUAAACAGCUAAUUUUGGCCAUCCUGGAAAAUCAAAACCUAGGGAAGUUGGCUGAAUGUGCUCAGUACCAAGCUCAGCUUCAAAAGAAUCUCUUGUAUCUGGCUGCCAUUGCAGAUGCCCAACCACCUCAGAAUCCAGGAAGUCGCCCUCAGAUGAUGCAGCCUGGUGCUACCCCAGGUGCUGGGCAUUACAUGUCCCAAGUACCGAUGUUCCCUCCAAGAACUCCCUUAACCCCACAACAGAUGCAAGAGCAGCAGCAGCAGCAACUCCAGCAACAGCAAGCUCAGGCUCUAGCCUUCCCCGGCCAGAUGCUAAUGAGACCAGGUACUGUCAAUGGCAUGCAAUCUAUCCCAGUUGCUGACCCUGCUCGCGCAGCCGAUCUUCAGACGGCAGCACCGGGCUCGGUAGAUGGCCGAGGAAACAAGCAGGAUGCAACCUCGGAGCCUUCCGGGACCGAGAGCCACAAGAGUGCGGGAGCAGAUAACGACGCAGGCGGUGACAUAGCGGAGAAGUCCUGAGCUAGCACAAGUGUUAGGAUGAAUAAUGCCAUGUAUACUAGCAAUGAAAAAGAAAGAAAGCCCCCUGCCUCGUGGAUCACAAGUAGUCCUUACUCAUCACCCCCUGUGUUUUAGAAGGCUCGUCUUAUCGGUGUUGUAGAACAAAACUUUUAGAUUGAUGAUGAUGUAACCUAUCAGAGAUUCUUAUCUCAUCCUACAAUUGUUGUAGCUAUUAUGGAAUAAUUUUACCAGCCUGAGAGAGUUUUUACUUCUGUUUGCCUGCUAAUAUAAUGGUUAGUGUGAUGAACUUAAAAAGGCGGUUGUAUUUUGCAAGCUUA